UCAGCUCGCGGAUCGGUAAAAGUUCAUCUACCCGCGUUAUUUGUUCCCGUUACUUCUCUUACCGUAGGCAUGCAGUGGUGCGCUCUUCACGCGCUCCUCUCUCUCACCUGCCUGGCAGCGUGUCUCCCGGGUCACCGCCUGCUCGGCGUCUCCAACAGUUCUUCGCUGCACGAGCUGCUCGCGCUCUCUCAGUCCGGUUUGAACGGCACAAGCAUAUACGCGCUGGACGAUGGCGCGCUCGCGGACUGGCGCUCUUUAGCGGGGCGGAAGCGCGAGGGCGCGGAGAGGGAGAACGCGGCGGUCCGGGCGCUGCUCAUCUUCAGCUACUCGGUGAUCAUCGUCGUGUCACUGUUCGGUAACGUGCUCGUGUGCCACGUGGUGAUGAAAAACAAGCGCUCGCGCUCCGCCACCAGUCUCUUCAUCGCCAACCUGGCCGUGGCGGACAUCUUCAUCACCCUGCUGAACACACCGUUUACACUGGUGCGCUUUGUCAACAGUACAUGGUUUUUUGGUAGAGGGAUGUGUCACAUCAGCCGUUUUGUGCAGUAUUGCUCUCUGCAUGUGUCGACACUCACACUCACGGCCAUCGCGCUGGACAGACGGCAGGUGAUCCUGCAUCCUCUGAAGCCGAGGAUGUGCACCGGUCAGGGUGCUGUGUGUAUCGUCUUCAUUUGGCUCAUGGCGAGUUGUUUCUCGCUGCCACACGCCAUCUUCCAGAAACUCUUCACCUUUGUCUACAGUAAGAACAUCCUUCGCUCUUUGUGUGUGCCGGAUUUUCCUGAUCCAUCUGAACUGUACCAUCAGUACCUAGACUUGGCGACAUUUAUACUCCUGUACGUGUUGCCUCUUCUCAUCAUCACUGCUGCGUACUCGGCCGUGGCACGUCGUCUCUGGCGCCGCAACGCUAUUGGUGAUGUCACCAGCGAGCAGUAUUUCCUCCAACGCAGGAAGAGGAAGCGGACCAUCAAGAUGCUGGUGUUGGUGGUUCUGGUGUUUGCCGUGUGCUGGUUCCCGUUAAACUGCUACGUGGUUCUGCUGUCGAGUCACGCCAUCCACUCCAACAACGCCGUGUAUUUCAGCUUCCACUGGCUGGCUAUGAGCUCCACCUGCUACAACCCCUUCAUCUACUGCUGGCUCAACCAGAGCUUCAGGGCCGAACUCACAUACCUACUUAGCAUGUGCAGGAAAGGGCGAGCCAGAGGGCGGGGCAGCAGCAGGGUAGGGGAGGAGCCAGAAGAAAGGCCUCCGCCCCUUCACAGCUGUCAUAGAGCGGCCUGGCCAGAAAGCCAUGCCUCCUCACAGCCGUCUGAUCACAAAGAGAGCCACGCCCUAAGGACCACCUCUCUCAGCCAAUCAGCGAAGACCGACAUCCUGUCAGUGGAGCCAAUUGUAACCGUGGGCUGA